GUUUCAGAUGAGAGGACAGGGAUGUCCCUCCACGUCUCUGAGGGCAGGAGGCUGGGGCUGGCUGCCUGCUAGAGAUUUUCGUAGGGUUUUCUCAUGGGCUUCCCGGCUGCCUGGAGAUCUGCUGCAGUCUUCCCUCUUUGCUUUCUUGUGGGCAGAGCAGAUGCUGAGGGGAGUAAAAUGCUGAGGAGGAGGAGGAGGAGGAGGAGAGCUUGAUCCACACGCAGAGGGAAGGGAGCAGUGAGGGCUGGAGGAGGGAGGAGGGCGGCAGAGCAGCUGCUGGGUUAAGCAGCGGGGCACAGCCCGCUCUGUAAUGGCUGUGGGUGACCCACAGAGCUGUCUCUGGAGCCACGUGCCCAGGCUGGCCAGCCCCAGGCAGGGCCACAGCACCCUCUGCAUGAGCUGAGGCUGGGCCGAUGGCCCCAUCUCUGCCCGCACGGGGCAGAGCGCAGGGCCUGUGCCCUCUUUAGCUUCUAUCAGCAGCAGCCGUAGUUUCUCCACGGCAAGCAAGGCCUGGCUCUUGCGAGAUACAUCUAAAUUAACGUGCGCACAAUCUAAGGAGAUCUAUAGUGCAAGGGCUUGUGAAAAUGUAUGCUUGUUUUCUGGUACAAGCAAGGGAAUUUUUGGUUCCAAGAGUGUCGUCGUUAAUGUUAAUGGUGGUAAGGGCUUCACGACAUUCGUGAAGCUCCAGUGUACUUUCCGGUUCCCGGAGGGGAGGAAGCGACGGCGGCUUGAUAUUGCCCUGAGCACACAAGGGCUGUGCAAUGGGCUUUGGGAAGGGUAGAGGAGAGAGAGCAGCGCCUUACGCAGACUGUAUCUUGUUAUCUCUUAGUGCGUCAUGUGAAACGAAGUAAGACCAAUGGAAAAAAUGCUGGAGGACUGAUGGGAACCCAAGCAGAGUUCUCACAGGCAGCUGUAAAAUGACCUGCAAAGUGUCCCGUAUGGCCAGAAGAAUUGCGCUGUGCAAGCUUUGUUUUCCCAUUUAUGAAACCAGCGAUCAUUGUAGGAACCCACGGCACCAGAUAGUUGCAACUCCUCUGCUUCUCUAGGUUGUUGUCUAGAUAAAUAAUAAUGGCUCCUUGCUCAGGGCAAACUUGGGGUUUAGGCUGCCAUACCCUGAGUAAAAGGUGAGGAGCUUGAGGCAGCCUUCCAUUGCUUGCUCACUCCCUCCCUCCAGGUGGGGGAACGGCAAGGAUGGUCUGAAACACAUGUCACUUGGGAUAACAGGAAAGCAAACUGCAGAAGUCUUUAGAGGCUGUGGUGCUUGAUAAGAAGGGAAAUGAGCUAAAAACCACAGUCCCUGCUCAGUGCAUAUAAAGCAUACACUUUUCACAGCAAUCCAGCCUUUCAUAUUAGAGUUACACACAGGCUGUUAUCCUUCCACACCAAGAACCAUGAGCAGCAAUCUGGCCUGUCUAAUUGGGAUUUGAGCUUUCUUAGCAAUAUUAGAAAAGCAGAGCCUUUUGUACCUUUGGCCUCCAAUACCCAACUAUUGUACUGAUACUUUUUAUUGAGCCCAUAUCCUCGUACGUAUUUAGAUAUCUGCCUCCAUUGAGAGUUUUCUGUCUUUUAAGAAAGAACUCACCCAUUCAUGUGAACGUACCUACUUUUAAUCUAGUUUUAAUCAGUCUAUAACUUUUAGACUUUUGUAAAUUCUGCUAGCAGAAUUCCACAUUCCAAAGACUCUUUCCUUCAGAUAUCCAAUAUGCGUCAGACCUGCAGGCUACCUGACCAGCUGUAAACACCAUUUACAAAUAUUUGUGAUGCUCAGGAAGAUUUCUAGAUGUCAUUGGCCAGAGAUCUAAGUAGAAGACAAUAAUCUCUGUGUCGGACUGUCUAACUGCAUGCACAGGUUGAUCAUGUAUGGACUGGUAUGACCAUGUAUUAGCUACUGCUAGUGGAGACUUUUUAACUCUUUUAUCUUUGUUCAAUCACAGUUCAUCUGAGAGGCUUUAAAAUGUGAUUUAGGAUCAUGCAGGACUUGGCUGUAAAUAAUAAGGUUUGGACCAAGUCAGAGUUAACUGGAUGGUUAGUCUGCCUCUGCAGUGUUGUGCUCUCUGACCACCACUGCUGCUCUCGUCAAGCAACUGAGGCACUUCACCAAUGGCAUUGCAGAAAGCUGGUCUACAGUACUCAAGGCAAGAAGAUAAGUAAAGACUAUGGAGCUGUAGCUUUUCUCCCAGGUGCCCUCUUUCACCAGACUGAUGUUAGGCUGACCUUAGUGCUAGGUGAAUGCACUCCUGUUCAAUACAAAAGGAAAACACUUCUCUACAGGAAUUUCCUGGGCAGUUUUUAAUAAAGGAGCACACACUUCAUGCCUUGGAAUACGGAACUAACAAACAAUGAAGGGCUGAGCUAAGGGUAUCUGCUUAGGCAAGAGUAUCUGAAGGGGGGGAGCUGCAAUUUUUUUUACCGAAGCACAGGCUGAAGUCAGACACAGCUCUGAAGCGCACCACAGCUUACGCUGAAUAGACUGGCCUUCAGAGAGUACUGUGUACAAUCAUGUUAUGCUCCGCAGAGCAUCGUUUGCUCCAUUCUUCAUGGAGAGCUAAGGUGAGGAGGCCAAGCUUCAAAGAUCAAGAGAAGUGAGCUGAGGAGAGGACUUUGCAUCAGUGUAGUUUGUGAUUGAAGCCUAGGAGAGAAUACACUCCAGUAAGAAGUUACAUGGAAGGAAAGCGGCUUGGGACACUUUGGAAGAACUGUUUAAUGGGAAAGAUGACUUAAUAAGAUUUCUGAGAGCUAUGAAAGAGAGCAAACUGCAUAGGCAGGAUGCUGAACAAAACUGAACAGAUCUUUGUGCUAAAGGGAGCGGUAUGGGGCUAGCGGUACAAACAUAUACCUUCUUGGCACUGCAUCGGGCAGAAUGGGAUGAUAGGCCAUCAUGAAUGGCUCUACUGCUCACAUAAGGAUGAAGCUGUGGGACGGUGCCUGCAUCAGGAUCCCCAGCUCCACAAGGAGCCUUUGGCCUGGCCAGCCAAGCAGCCAGGGCUGUGUGUGCUUUCCCCAGCUCAAUCCAUUUUCCCUCUCUACUCCAGGCAACAUCUCUCAGUAGCACUGCCUGGGCUGUAGCUCCCAGCUCCCAGCUCACGAGUUCCCUCUUUGGGGAGCAAUUACAUCACGGCCACUGCUCUGGCUUAGCUCUUGGAGCACCAUCUCUGGUAAAGUAGUAGCAACCUCAUGGUGUUACAGUAUCACAGUAGCCUCCUUGCUGGACUCCAGCGCCAGGCCCCAGUUUGUACACACCCCCUCAGAAGGUGGCGGGUAGCCCAGGCAUUGGGAUUUUGCCCUUCCCUGUGAAAGGCCAGAGGUUUUACAUAGCCCUGGACGGUGGUAGCCUUGGGCUGGCUGUAGUGCUUCCUCUAGCCAUGCAGGCAGUUGCCUCGUGCUUGGAUGACUGUUGACUGACUCCCUUGGUUAGGCUCAGCUCUGGGAGGGCCCCCUCUGGUACAAGGUGACAACCCCAUGUCAUCACUGCAUCACAAAUGUUGCCUUAGCUUAGCUGUGGCAGCAUCAUCGCUGCUGAAGAGAAGAAAACCCUGUGUCAUCACCGCAUCACAAACGUGAGCCAGCGUAUAUGUCGGGAGGAUGGGUGUCACUUUGCCUCUGAGCUGACAGGUGAAGAGAGCUGAAAGAGCAGGUAAGCACACUGAGCUGAGUCCGGCAGCUCCUCACCAAGGUCUCUGUGGCAGGGUGGGCUCUCGCUGUGCUUGUGGGCAGGCCCAGAAACUCAGGGUCCAGCAACCCUUGCAAACUCAUUUGUGUGGAUGCGGCCUGGUGUCAAUAGGAUCAAAGAGAGUGAUUUGAGCUUCCCCUCACUUUAGACAUAAGGCUGAAAUACAAAGGAUUCUUGAAAGGGUAUUGGAAACCCAGCAGUGUUUGGGGUAGAUUUUGAGCCUGGCUUGCAGAUAAGAGAGCAUCCCAGUGCAGUGCCCAAAGCCCAGUGGGGAAUAAAAAGGGUCUUUGGCUUGGGAAGCAACAAAGACAGAGAGCCUGGGAGCAGACGCUGAAAUUGUUCUUUUAGGAUUGUUCUUCUCGGCGUGUUUUCAGAAGAUUGUUGCUGUCGAUCCUAGACCCAGGGACCACAGGAAGGGUGAGCACUGCCCCUGAACAAAGGGGUAGAUCCUUGGAUGUUUGUAAAGAGUAAUUGUCCUGUUCAUGAAGAUUUCUUCUCCUGACCAGAGAAUCUGGACUUGGGCUGUUGGUCUCCUUGUAACUAAUGGGAAUAAUAAUCCCAGGUGUUUGCUGAGGAUCUGAGGAGGCUGUGAAUGCAGUAACGGAACUGACAAUAUCUCCUUGGCUCCGCAGAGAAGGAGGUUGCCCUUUGCCUGUGUGCAGACCUGGCGCGUGAGAGGGAGGCCUGAUCCCUGAGAAAUGAACUUUUCCCCCAUCGCCAUGGAUGGUGUCAUCUCUCCAGCUUUCCUGUGGUUCCUGAUGCUGGUGCUCACCUUCUACCUCCUGCUGACCUUCAACAAGCACAAGGAAGGCAGCUGCAAGAAGAGAAGGUGGAGGGGCAGCGAUGAGGAGCCCAGAGGUGAGCGGCUCCUGGGCAAGGGCAGGUGCCCUGCAAAGGAAACCCUGAGACCCCACACAUCCACCGCCCCGCUCUGCCUCUGCCGGGGCUCCUGUGAGGGACUGCCCCAUCCGCUCACUUGCCAUCUCCCCUUCCAGCAGCCUUUUCCCUCUGGGAGGAAGAUCCAGAGGAGUCUUCAGGGUCCUCUGGGUCCCAGUAAGUGGAGCCCUUCCCUCUGUAGUGCAGCAGCCCCCUCUGGGAGCCGCCAGCAAGAGAGAGCCCAUUCAUACUGCCCUCUGCCCACAUGCAGAUACACUGGAGUCCUGGAGAUGCUCAUCACGGAUCGCUGGGAGAUGGACCUGAACUUUGAUAACAUAAUCAGAUCUGUGAAGGAGGCCUCAAAGAGGCUCACCUGGGAGGCCAUCAACAGCAGCUCCAUCACUUGUGACUCAGCAAGUGAAGCCAGCUUCUCUUCAGGGACGUCUUUCUCCCCUGCUAGCGAUUAUUCCCUCACUUCAACUUUGGGGAGCCAAGCCAGCUCUUUUUCAGGGGAGUCUUUCUCCUCUUUCACUGAUGGAGAAGGUCUGGCUCAAGGCUCUAGCGUGCAGCCUGUCCUCGCGGAUCCCCGGCCUAGCCAGGAGAAGCAGCAGGACCUGGCGACUCGCCCACCUGGCAGGGAAGUGGGGGCCAGCUGCCACAUGGCUGGCAGUGGCCUGCAGCAGCAGCACCUUGAGGUCCACCUGGAUGUGCCCCCCCAAUGCCCAGGAGUGUUGGGCUUCCACGUCGGGGAAACGGAGACAACUUUCUUGUACCCUGAUGCCCAAGAAGACUUGGAGGAGCGUGUCCAGAAGAAGAAACUUGAGAUGCAACUGGGGCUGCCGGCUGCUGUCUGCAAAUCCCUGCACGCCGACCUGUCCUGGCCUCCUAGCCCACCACCACUGCCUGCAAAGCCAGACACGGAGCAGGUUUCCAGCAUGCAGAGGCAAACCUUCCCAGGCAAAGCCGAGUUCAGUGCUGUGGAGUUGGAUUUCAGCUGGAAUGGCAAGGAGAGCUUGGAGUGUCUCAUCCAGGAAAAUGAAUGGCAGCAGGAAGCAGGCCUGUCAGCCAGUCUGGGUGAACCUCAGCAGGAGUUGCCAAGCUCAGCUCCUCGAACACCUCAGUGGCAUGCUGAGCCUGAUGAGGUGGUGGUUCCCAGCGUGCAGGAGCUGCCCUUCCUCGACAACACUGUCAAAAAGCAGCUAGAGCUGCACAUCAUAAAAAUGCAGAUGAAACAGCGCUUUGGGCCACCAGCAAGGAUCCCGGCCUGCAAGAAGGUUGUGGCCCCUGUCGCAGGGCAAAAAGCCUCCCAGCCUCCCCCUCCACACAGAGGUGCUGGGCUGCCAUAUCGCUCCCCCUUGCAGCACUGGACCAGGCAUGCUCAGACCAGGUGCUCUGCAGAAGAGCCCCCAGGCCCCAAGCAGGAGAAGAGCAGGUGUCCCACAUCUCCCAUGAGCAGAGAGCAGAGACUCAGCUCUCAGAGCAGGAGGCAGCCAGAGGAAGAGAGCCCUGAAAAGGAAGAGGCUACAGACCUUGCCAUGGCAUGCCUGGGACAGCAGCAGGGUCAAGCCUGCUCUGCUCCACGUGCUUUCCUGAGAGCAGCACAGGAGAUGUCUUGGAAGGACAAGGAGGUAUCAGCCUGCAAAAGAGAGCGUGGGGGAACAGCCAGCAGCAGCAAGGACACUGAGGAGUCCCUGCUGGCCACCAGCAGGAAGGAUCAGGGUCCUGGGACACAAGGGGAUGUGCGCAGCCCUUGCCCUCCCAGCCAGGCAGAGCAGGCGUUGCUGCAGAGCGAGGAAGCUCACCAGGGGCAACUGUGGCAGUCCCAUGAGAGCUGGAGCAGCUCCAGUGAGGACAUGAGGACACCAGAGCUGCCAUCAAAGAAGAGUGUCCCCCAGGAAAAACACAGCCAGUCCCGUGAGAGCUGGAGCGUCUCCAGGGAGGACAUGGAGACACCAGAGCUGCCAGCAGCCAGGAGAGCUCCUCCAAGAAAAUGUUCCCAGAAGAGACAACACAGUGAGGAGGGCCCCUCAGCUCUGCCACCGGCUCCAGCCCCUGCAGGGACCAGUGUUCCAGUCUCCCAGCUGGAAGGGCUCCUCACAGCCCUCAUCGAUUCCCACAAGGCCAGCCAAGCUGCUCACAAAGCGCAGAACCAGCUGCUGGAGGAAAUGUUGGUGUGGCUCCCAGACAAGGCUGGGGCCCCAAGGAAGGACACGACAGGAGGGCACCCCGUUGGCUCACAGCGCUGCAGACAUGUGGCUGAAAGCUGCCCUCACUGCAGGGGACGGAGAGCAGUGCAGGAUGCGCCCGUGCCGGCUGCCUUGCCCACCAAUAUCACCACAAAUAUGAGCAAGGACAGAAAUCGCCAAAGGAGUCCUGUCUUUAAGCUGAAAAUGAGUCUGGAGCAAGUCUGCCAACGGGUAUUAACAGAGGAGCCAGAGCAGGGGAAGGGCAGGGGAAACCCCAAGGACAGAGCCAGCUCCAGGAGACUCUGCCCCAAAUGCGGUAAAGCUCGGCGCCAGAGACUCUCCGGCAAGGAAGGCUUGCAGACCUCACCUCCAUCUGAUGCUGCAGCCCUGGGCGCAGGAAGAGCAGGACACAGGCACCCACCCCAGGGCAGGGGCAAGAGGCAGCAGGGGCAGGAGGAAAGGGCUGCCGCCACCCAGCAGGCAAAGGGGCUCCAUCUUUCCACAACUUCAUUCUUGCGAGCUGGGCAGGCGGGGUCUCAGCCACACCAGGCCCUCACCAGGCCUCUGCCCUCACAUGUGGCGCCUGGGCACAGGACACUGGAGAGGGAGACACCACCUCUGCUGGGCAGCAUCUGCUGUGGGCUCAUCCUCAUCCUGCCGUGCCUCGAGAGAGUCUGUGCCAAGCUCCAAGAAAAAUCAAGGCCUAAUUUGGCAAGAACAAGGAGAGGGGAGGAGCUGCAAGGGCAAAGGCACAGGCUUUUGGAAGCAGAGCGCCAGCUCCCGCAGGGAUCUCCAGAGGAGAGCAACAGCAUGUGACAGUGACACGCCAGGCUGCAGAUGCUGCGCUCCUGGACUGUGCAGGUGGAGCAGGGCCCAACGGGGCAUGGACCCAGUGAGCAGCAGCUCCCGGCCGGGCCCUCCCAGGGAGCAGGAGCUCUCCUAAUAAAGUCACGUCCAUUGAAAUAAG